ACGCGUUUUUCUCAAAAUCAAAACAUCUGUGAAAUUGUGAAAAAUCUCUAGGAGAUCUUGUGAAAAUGUCCUUUUUCAUUCGUGGAAAACCUAACGCGAAGACUUCUGGUAAAGUCAAGGAGAAAUUCAAGAAGAAUGCUCCGAAACCCGAUCAAAUAUUCUCUGGGAAAAGGAAAAAGUUCGAAGACGAAGAAAUCCAGAGUGACGAAGAAAUUCUCAGCAAUGACGAGGACUUCCCGACCAGAGAGUCAUCAGAUGAAGAUGUGGAGACGCCUCAGGAGAAGCGCCUGCGUCUGGCGAAGAAGUACCUCGAGGAGAUUGAAAAGGAAGAGGAAAAGCGCGCUGAAGAGACGAAUUCUGCUGUGAACGUAGAUAAGAGACUGGCAAAUGAAUAUCUGGACAGCGUUGGGAAGCUUCGGCGACUCGUGGCGAGCAGUUAUCUGGGAGUUGACGAUUUGCAGAUGCUGAAGCACAAGGCUCAGAAGGCGCCAAUUACUUGUAUUUGCCUGGCAAGAGAUGGAAAGACGAUGUUUUCCGGGAGCAAGUCUCCGGUGAUUGUUAAGUGGAACGUUCAGGACUGGCGUCCGGUGGGUGUGAUCAAUCUGCUAGAUGGAGGGGAGAAGAAAACAAAGGUUCAUGGAGUUUGCCUUACGAUGACCAGCGAUGGGAAGUUUUUGGCUGUUGGUGACGGAAGUGCUGUCGUCAGAAUCUAUUCACCGGACACUUUGGCCUCCUUGGGUGUGCUCCGUGGCCACAGAAAGCCCGUGACUGCGCUGGUGUCGAGGAAGGACACCCACGAAAUCUAUUCCGGGAGUGAAGAUCGAACCAUUGUCGUCUGGUCGCUGGACGAAAUGGCCAAGAUUGAGGUGAUGUUCGGCCAUCAGGCGACUGUAACGGACCUGGACGCCCUCACGAGGGACAGGGCUAUUUCUUCUGGUGGAAAUGACUGCAGUGUUCGGAUCUGGAAGGUAUCAGAAGAGUCCCAACUCGUCUACAACGGUCACAGUGGGAACAUUGACAGCGUCCGACUUAUAAACGAGGAGAAUUUCCUCUCUUGCGGCGACGAUGGCACACUCUGCGUCUGGAGCACCAUGAAAAAGAAGCCCUUGUGCAUUAAGAAUCUUGUCCACGGAAAAUCCCAGACAAAUGGCGAGCCUAAUUGGAUUUCUGCCAUAGCAACGCUCACAAACACCGAUCUCGUGGCUUCAGGAUCUUGCGAUGGAUUCAUAAGGGUGUGGAAGUUAGAAUCCAACUUCAGGAAAUGCGUUCAAGUCAUGGAAAUCCCAGUUCCAGGCUUUGUAAAUGCAUUGGCAUUCACGCCUGAUGGGAAUCACUUGAUAGCUGGUUUAGGUCAGGAACAUCGCCUGGGCAGAUGGUGGAGAAUGUCCGAAGGACGAAACUGCAUAGCCAUCAUUCCCUUCCGGAGGAAAAACUGAGGAAAACCGUCGAGGAAGUCAAUAAAUUGAGGUAAUGCACACAAUUAUGUU